UAGCAUAUAGGUCACAAGCUAUGAGAAACUCAAUUAUUUUGUGCAGAGAAAGAGAAUAAUAUCUAAGCAGCCAUGGUUGGUGUGCUUCUCUUUGCAUAUAUCACAGUGAAUCUAUUCCUUAAAUGUCAAGGUCAAACGAUUCAUCAAGCUAAGAUUUUCAGUGAAAAUACAGAAGUUCCAGAAGGUGGAAGACUGGAGGUUACUUGCAGCACAUUUGGCUUUACAGUAAAGGCAGUUUAUUCAUAUCUGUGUAAAAAUGGUAAAGCCAUUCUUAUGAAAAAAGGGACAACUCGACAAGACACCACCUUUAAAAUAGAGAGAAUAGAAAUGAACGCUUCAGGCAACUACAGCUGUGUGUUUUCAGAAGAGCAGUUGGAAAUAACCAAAGUGUCAGGAUAUGGUCAAAAUUACAUCUUCAUAAAUGUGAUCGAAUCUUUUAUUUAUGCACAGAUACAUUUGCUCAAGCCUGAGGUGCCAGUGGGAAGUGAUGCUGAGUUUAACUGUUCGACGUCCAAACCUUUAAACAAAAACCAGUCCAAGAACAUGAUUUUGGCUUAUCUCAUCAAAAAUGGAACGCCUGUUGAAGUUAAUAUUUGGGACACAGAGAAGAUGAUGACAACAUUCACCCUCAGAGAUGUCAGGAUUGAAGAUGCUGGGACAUACAGUUGUGUUAUAUUGUUAAACAUACUCCCUUACCAUGGAAUGAGACUUCAUCAAAAUAUUACAGUCAAUCUUGAGAUUACUGUGAAUAGCAGCAUUAACAAAGUUAUAAUUGUCACAACGUGCUCUAUCAUAGUUUUGCUCUUCAGUCUGUUUCUGGGAAUUUGGGCACUGAUCCGAAAACGAGGAUGCCUUAGAAUCAACGUUGAAAGAUCCUCGAAUAACGAGACAGAGCUCAGAGGAACAGAAAUUUACUACGAAGAAGUUCACAAUCCUCACACAUCUGAUACUGGUGACACACAACAUGUUGUCUGGAGUGCCUCAGAGUUUGCUGAUUCCUCUGAAAGUGAUGAAGAUUAUAAUGACGUGGGAAGCAUUACAGUAUGAUUAAAUUAUGCUGUUGCAACUUCGUGGUGUUACCUUUGCUUUUGCUAUUUUACAACGGU